AUGUCCCUCCUGCAGAAGCUUCCAAGCCUGCAAGAUGUGGUCAAUCAGGUGAUUCAGGAGGAGAGGGAGAAGGAGGAGAAAGGCGAAGUGAGCCCAGUGGCAUCAAAUUUGAGCAUCGACGAUGAUGAUGAGCACGAUGCGAGUUUUCAGUCGUGCGCUGCCAACUUGCUGCUAGCAAGCUUGCAGGAGGACGAUCCAAAGCUUCAGGAGGAGAGAUAUGACAAUCUUCUGGUGGCCUACACCGGAGCUUGUACCGAACUGGCCAGUGCAGCGGUCGCUGGGACCAGCAGCUCCGCCCCGGAAGAGCUGGUGAAGUUGGAACGUCGAAUCGAGCACCUUCAGGGGCUCAAUCGGAAAUUAAAGGCGCAGCUCCGUUUAAAAUGGGCUGCGAUGAUCAAAAUGGCAAAGUUUGUCUUCGUGGAUGAUGAUGUCAUUGAUCGAAGCCUAGAACCAGUGAUCCGAAUUGGCUGGGAUGGCUUCAAAUGGAACAAAGGUUACAGUCUGCUGCACUAUGCGGCUGACUGUGUGACAGACCCUGAGGUCGUGGAGCUGAUGGCUAACCUGGCCACUGAUGUUGACCAGAAAGAUGACUAUGGACUGCGUCCGAUUGAUUAUGCCAGAAAAACCCAAGACGAGGCUGUCAUCAAGGCCCUUGAAAGAAUGCGAAAGGCUGCCCGGAAAUUGGCGCAAGAAGAAGCUGAUCUGAAAGAACAAGAGAUGGAUGAACCGAUCAUGAAGGAAAGAAACACUGUCAAAGAGCCUGGCAGAACUGAGGAGAAACCUCCCAGAUCGCCGCGUGUGAAAGAAGCCGCGGAGGUGGAUGUUCUGGGCCAGAGAGCACUACCAAGCAAGGAUCAGCCAGCCGAAGCGGACGUCGACCUCAGAAGACGUCGCACUGAAAGGGAAGCUGCAAAUGGUGGAGCCCUCGAAGUCAAGGAGCAGCGAGCUCCGGAAAACGCACCAUCUCCGGGAGCGAGAAGAGAGGAGAUGCAGCAAGUACCGCUCGGUGCAACAGAGGCCAGCCAACCAAUAUCCAGUGCGCAGGCAUCACCAGUGCGGCGCCAGUCAGUUAUACAAGAGGAAAUACUCGCAAAUGCUCGAGAAAAAUUAAAGAAUGCAACUGACAUGAAGCCAGCGCUCUCCAAAGCUGUAGCCAAAGUGCUGAACAAAGGCUGGGAGGGCGUGUCGUGGCCCUCGAACUUCAGCGCCGUUCACGUGGCCGCAAAGCUCGGCGAUGCCACGUGGCCAGACCGUUCAGCUCGGAGGGAGGAGCUGGAGGUGAAGGCCAUUGAAAUUCUGGCAGAGGCCGCUCAGAACGGGAACCAGGAGGCCGUCGCGGCGUUACAACACCAUUUGGCGAAGGCAGAAGAACGAGCCGCGGAACAAGCAGCACAGGCAGCACAGCAGGCAGAACAGGUCCAAUGGGCAGAUGGAGCUUCAGCCGAGCGUCCCACAUCGCCGUCUCAUGCAUCGCCUGUUGACCCUGGACCUGUACCAGAAGGAAUCAGGCCAGAGUUGCAAAAGGCUUGUCAGGUGGUGAAGAAGAAAGGUGCUGUGCCAGAUCUCACUGUGCAGGACAGGAUUCCGACGGCAAGACAGCAUUGGACUACGCCAAGGGAAAAGGAGCGCUUUGCAGAGAGACAAUAUGUGGCUUGGAUCCGUUGCGAUGGAGAGCAGCGGCCUCACGAGAAGGAACUGGUGAGGAAGGGAACAAGUGCAGCUCCAGCGGCGGAAGGCGCCAAGGCAGCAGAAGACACCGAUUCUGUGCCUGAAGUCAAGGAUCCUGCCGCAGAGGCAGCUCCAAAAGCCAAAGGGAAGGCCAAAGGUCCACCCAAGGGCCCUGGGAAGGGCAAAGCUGCACAGACAGAGGAGGCAAAGGAAUCAAAAGAAGAAACAAAAGAAGAAGCAAAGGAGGAGCCGAAAGAAGGAGCACCGAAGGGCAAGGGUCCCAAAGGUCCUGCCAAAGGCAAAGGACCCCCAGCCCCAGGUGGCAAAGGACCUCCCGCCCCUGCAGGCAAGGGACCUGCACCUCCGGGUGGUAAAGGACCCGCCCCAGCAGGAAAGGGUGGACCAGCAGCAGGUGGGAAGGCUGGCAAGGCUGGAAAAGGAGCGAAAGGUGGCGCCGGGGGCGGCUCUGGAGAGACCAAGCCAGUUGUGAAACCGAGUCAACCAAUGAAGCCUUUGUGGUGGAGCAAGAUGAUUUUUGGAGCUCAGUUGAAGAAAGGAGAAAGUAUUUGGGAUGAAGUGAAGGAUGAUAUGGAGAAGUUGCCACUGGAAGAACUCACUGAACGUUUCUCCAAGUCUGCUGCUGCCAGAGAAAAGCCGAAGAAGGAGAAGGCGGAGGGGAAGAAGGAGGAACUGAAGUCACUGCGUAUCAUUACAGACCCUCAGAUCGUGGUUGGCAAGGAGGCAUCCCUAAAGAAGCUUCCGGAACCCACUGAAGUCGCCCGUGCAUUGGAUGAGUUGGACGACACAGUGCUUAAUCCCGAGCUACUGCAAGUUGUAAAGGACAAUGCUUGUCCCACACCCGCACAGAUGAAAGAGCUCGGAGAGGCGCGAACGAAGAAUCCCAACGUUCCGCUGGCGCUCCCCGAGAGUUUCAUGUGGGUCAUCGGCCAGAUGCCCGCUUAUCAGCAACGGAUUGAUUGUUGGAGCUUCGCCAUGACCUACAAGGAGCAACAUGCAACAUACCACACAGCAUUGUCGGAUUUCUUGCAGGUGGUCGAAUGCUUUCAAGAGUCUGAGAUGCUACCCACCUUGCUGGGCAUCAUUUUGGCUGUGGGGAAUUACUUGAAUGGUGGCACCAACCGAGGGCAAGCAGAUGGCUUUGAUAUCGAGUCGUUAGCGAAACUGGAAGGCAUCAAGGAUGCGACCGGCAAAGACAUCAGGCACUUCAUUUUCGAUCUUUUUCUGAACCGUAUGACUGAGCAAUCGACUCAAUUUGUGGAAGAGCUGAUGCCUUGCAUGGUAAAUAUGAAUCGUCGGAUCAGCAAGGAUUCUGAUGGAGUGGAGAAGCUUGAUAAGAGUGCGAAGAUCGCAUUCGAAGAUUUCGACCUGUGUGUUACUGCUUUGCAUUCUGAAUUUGUCCAGAAGCAUGAAAUGAUGCAGAUGAUUCUGUCGUACUUUGAAGAUCCUGCAGAUCCAUUCAAGCUUCAGAUGCCAAAGAUUUACUUGGAAGCGAAGGAUAAGCUGGAUGAGCUGAACACCCUGAAGGAUACUGCGAAGGCGCAAGUGUUGAAGUGGUUCAAGGUGCAAGCAAUGAAGAGCAACGAGUUCUGCUUGCUUUGGGACAACCUGCUCAUCCCUGCUAACAUGAUCAUCAAUGCUGACAUGAAGAUGAAGAAGGAGUUCAUGCUCCCUACCUUUUGCCAGAACAAGCCCUUCUCAGCUGAAGAUUUACAGAUCCUUUGGUCAUUCAAAGAGUUUGAUGGCAAGCGCACCGUCAAGAAGAAGACCAAGGAGCGACGCCGUCGGAGGUUUUCACAACGACUCCGCGAUGGGGCAGAAGCGGCUGCUGCGGCAGAGGCCAAGGCAGCUGGAGCUGCAGCCCCUGCGGAAGGAGCACCAGCAGUUGCACCAGGCGUGACACCUGCAGGAUCGUUUUCCGCUUGA